AUGCUACCUAUCGCGCUCCUCACCGUCACCAUUCUAUUGCAUCAGAUAAAUUCCGGGCCGGUGUUCCGCGCAGCUGCGGAGUCUGCGGCGCCGUCGCCGUACGAGCGCGAGUUUGCGCAGUAUCGCGGACCGGAUGGGUUGCUGUCGCUCGACUAUCUCAAAGCGCCGCACACGUCGCACAGCGAUGGCCGAGGCCGGAAAACUCUCGAUCAGAUAUUUAAAGUCGUGUUUUGCUCCCCGACUCCCGGCCCCGCGGCCCCGCCGACCAGCAACCUCCUAAAGAACCCGCGAUUUCAGGAAGGUCUGUCGUCGUGGCAGGCCUUCGGCGAGUCGGCCCUACGCCGCGUGCAGGCCGCGAACUACUCGUACGGCGUGUCGUACGCGCGGCGAGCGGAGUCCGCGGGGCCGGCGCAGAUUAUACGUAACUUGCCGGCCGCGGUAUACGAGCUAGCGAUCUGGGUGAAGCUGGGUGCCGCCAGCGGGCCGGCCGCUAAGACGGCCGGCUUGCCUGCCGCCGGCCGGCAGUACGUGAACGCGAUGGCGAAGAUCGACGGCCAGUACGUGUGCAUCGGCGGCGCGAACGCGCGGCCGUCGUGCUGGACGAAGGUGAUUGGCGGAUUCACGCUGCAUCGGACGGCUAGCGAGGUCGCAGUGUAUAUCCAAGGCGCGACGGUCGGGACGGAGAUCUGGGUUACGUCAGCAUCGCUGCUGAAGGUUGAUACGGCAAUGUGGCGACAGCGACAGAAUGAGAAUAUUAAGAAGUACCGCCAACGGGACGUGACGCUACGAGUGCACGGAGCGGGGGCAGUGUCAGCGCGCGUGCAGAUCGACCAGGUGACUUCAGAGUUCCCGUUCGGAGCCAACGUGAACGGCGCUAUUCUCUACGACAAAAACUACCAGCGGUGGUUCCUAAACAGGUUCAACUGGGCAGUGUUCAACAACGAAGCCAAGUGGUACUUCAACGAGCAGCAGCAGGGCGUAAUGGACUACAAUGUGACGGACGCGCUGGUGGAGUGGUUCACCAAAAGGAACAUUAAAGUGCGCGGGCACAACGUGUUCUGGGCCGUUGAGAAAUUCGUUCAGACGUGGGUCAAGGGACUUAACAACACCUCCCUAUGGGCGGCCAUGCAGAGGCGCAUGGCCAGUGCAGUGACCCGGUACCGAGGCAAGGUGCAGCACUGGGAUGUCAUCAACGAGCCUCUGCAUGGCAACUACUACGGGCAGCGGUUGGGCGGCAAUGUGCACUCAUGGAUGUUUAAGGCUGCCCGGGCGAUUGACCCUAAUGUCAGGUUGUUUCUUAACGAGUACAACACUGUGGAGCAGUGCGACAAGGAGGCUAACCCGGAGAUUUACCUCGAGUUAUCCGCCCAUCUUCUCCCCAUUCACCUCCCCCGUUUUUUCCCUGCCCCUUCUUUCCUCCCCAAGCAGAAGGUCCGUUUGAAGCACGACCUGAACCGGCUGGCAGUAGCCGGGAUGCCCAUCUGGCUGACCGAACUUGACUUCACCGAAGUCCAAUCGGAGCGGCAAAGAGCCGACUAUCUGGAGGCGGUGAUGCGGGAGGCGUUCGCACAUCCCUCGAUUGCCGGCAUGGUGCUGUGGUCGGCCGGUCGGUCCACGUGCACGUACUAUAAAGACAUGGAUCCGGGCAUGUGCAGUGCGUGCGAUGCAUGCUUGGCAAAUGCCAUGUUUGUCGACAACUUAGCAGGGCAGAGGUGA